AUGGCCGUUCGCCGCUCACUCUCAACGGCCCUUGUAUUGCUACUCGGCGCCGCGUUCGCAUUUCACAUCUCUCUUGUCGCCGCAGCCGAAGCGGCAGAUCGCGGCAAUCUCGAGACAUGCACGGCAGCUGCCGACACGGCAGGAGCGGAGGCCAAAACAUGCGCCAAUGUCGCUGCCGCAGAAAGCGACGAUUCAACCGCUUCUGUCGCUGCCGCAGAAAGCGACGAUUCAACCGCUUCUAACGCUUCCGCAGAUUCUGCUGUUGAGGAUGGCGGGAACCCGUCGCUGACGCUGCGCCUCGACACGGCAAGCGGCGGCGGUGGCGAUGAAGGCGAGCGGCGCGUGAUCCAGCUGUCGUCGUGGCGGCCGCGCGCGUAUCUGUUCAAACGGCUCCUGUCGGAGGAGGAGUGCGACCACAUCGUCGCACAGGCGACACCUCGCCUACAGCGAUCGUCGGUGGUGGACGGUGUGGAUGGGCACGUGUCGGUAUCGACGGUGCGCACGAGCAGCGGCAUGUUCAUGGAGAAGGGCGAGGAUGACGUCAUCGCGCGCAUCGAGCAGCGCAUCGCCGUCUGGACCUUCCUGCCGCUCGCCAACCAGGAGUCGCUGCAGGUGCUGCGGUACGGCGUGGGGCAGAAGUACGACUCUCACCACGACUACUUCGACGACCCCCUGCACAAACAGAGGGGCGGCCACCGCUACGCUACAGUCCUUAUGUACCUUAACAACGUCAUCAAGGGCGGGGAGACGACAUUCCCAAUGAGCAAGGACCCUACUCCCAAGGACGACUCGUGGUCUGACUGCGCUAAAGGCGUGCUGGGGGUGAAACCCAUCAAGGGCGAUGCUCUGCUCUUCUUCAACAUGCUGCCGGAUGGGACGCCGGAUGAGAGCAGUCUGCACCAUGCUUGUCCCGUGGUGGAGGGGGAGAAGUGGUCCGCUCCCAAGUGGAUCCAUGUGGGGAGCUUCGAUGAAGAGCCCGCUGCGGGCUGCAUGGACAGCAACGCCUUCUGUGAGGCGUGGGCAGAGACGGGAGAGUGUGAGCGCAACAAGGAGUACAUGAUCGGCACACCGGGGGCACCAGGUGCUUGCAGGAAGUCCUGCAACGUGUGCACUGCUGAGAAUGAAGAUGCUGCUGGGGAUGGGGGUGGUGGUGCUGAUGACGGUGAUGCUGAUGAUGCUGGUACCGAGGAUGGUGCUGAUGGGGUUGGUGCUGAUGGUGCAGCAGCAGAGGCAGCAGAGGAGGGCAGAGCUGCUGCAUGA